AUGAUCUGGCAAGAAUUAAAUGAAUUAAAUAAUGAAAAGAACAGUUUUAAGAUAAUUGUAAGAACUAGUGACGAUUUUUUAUUUUUGGUUUCAAAUGCUGCUAGAAGGGAAGUUGAUCUUUUACAUAUGCAGGAAAACAUUGACAAGUUCCACAAACAUUCAAAGUAUGUUCAGUUAAAUAUUCUCAAUGACAGAGCUCUUAUUGCUAUUCAAGGUCCUCAAAUGGUUAAUUUAUUGCAACCAGAGACAGAUAUUAAGCUUGAUAAGUUAUUUUUCAUGCACUCGGCAAAAGGAAAAGUUUGUGGAAUUGAUGAUUGUAGAGUAACUAGAUGUGGAUAUACUGGAGAGGAUGGUGUUGAGAUAUCAGUUAAUCAAAAUUAUGCAGAAUUAAUUAUAGAAAAUUUAUUGCAUUCAAAGAAAGCACAACCAAAAUUAAUUGGAAUUGCGGCCAGAGAUAUUUUGAGAGUGGAAGCAGGCCUGUGUCUUUAUGGAAAUGAAUUAAAUGAAGAAAUAACACCCAUUGAAGCUGGAAUUAAUUUUGUUAUUGCUAAACAAAGACGAGGUUCUCUUGGUUUUCCUGGAGCAGAAAAAAUUAUUGAACAAAUAAAUAAAAAGAAUUUUACAAAGAAAAGAGUUGGACUUGUAGCAGAAGGAGGGAAAGUACCAAGAGCUGGAAUGUCUGUCAUUGACCUUUCAAAUAAUGAAAUUGUGGGUAUUGUUACUUCUGGUUGUCCUUCACCUUGUUUAGGAAAGAACAUUGCAAUGGCGUAUUUGAAGAAGGAAUGGGCUAAACCGGGAAAUAUUCUUGGAGUUAGAAGUGGAUCAGAAAAUAAAUUAAACAAAAUUACUCAAAUAGAGGUUGUUAAGUUGCCUUUUAUGAAGACAAAAUAUUUUAUAAAUUAA